AGCUUCCCUCUCCCUUGAAUUUGACCCAAUGGCACCUUCCAUAGCACAACCUACAGCUUCCACGGACCGAUCUGAGCAAUCUGCAUCUUCCACAGCACCACCCACGGCAUCCACAGACAAAUCUGUGGCACCCAUUUCGGCGUCCCCUAUGACCAUCGGUUCUUCUUUACCACCCAAUUCUUCGUUGCCUGCCCACCGAACACGUUCAAUGGUUACUUGGUCACAGGAUGGUACACGACAGCCCCGAAUCUUACCAUCUAUGGUUACUGAUCAUGUUUCUUUACAGGAACCUCGCUCUUUCAAGCAAGCUCACCAACUUGCUGAAUGGCGUCAGGCAAUGGUUGAGGAGUAUUCCGCUCUUCUUUGACACAAAACUUGGGUUCUUGUUCCACGGCCUAUUGAUGUGAAUGUUGUAGGCUCCAAGUGGGUUUUUAAGGUCAAGCAGCAUGCAGAUGGUACUCUUGCACGGUAUAAAGCUCGUCUUGUUGCUCAAGGCUAUACUCAAUAAUCUAGGGUGGAUUAUGGUGAAACGUUUAGCAUAGUGGUUAAACCAGUAACUGUCUCAAGUUCUUGGCCUAUUCAUCAAUUAGAUGUCAAGAAUGCCUUUUUGAAUGGAUAUUUAUCUCAGCCUGUAUAUAUGCAUCAACCUCUUGGGUUUGUUAAUCAACAGCAUCCUGAUCAUGUUUAUCUCUUACAACGAGCUCUUUAUGGCCUCAAACAAGCUCCUCGAGCUUAGUUUCAACGGUUUACUGCGUUUCUGCUUUUUCGAGGUUUUGUUUAGGUUUUCACUGAUUGUUCCAUGUUUGUGUUUCGGUCUGCUGGAUCCAUGGCUAUUCUUCUUCUAUAUGUUGAUGACAUUAUACUUACUGCCUCUACAUCAGCUCUCUUGAAUUCUAUUAUUUCUUUACUGAAAGCUGAAUUUUUUAUGACUGAUUUGGGACCUCUUAGCUACUUUCUGGGUAUUGCAGCACAUUUUAACUUUGAUGGUUUAUUUCUUUCUCAGUCUAAAUAUAUUAUUGAGUUGCUAGACAAAAGUGGCAUGACAGAUUGUAAGGCUGUUUCCACCCCUUUAACUCCAAAGCAUAAGCUAUAGGCUCAUGACAGCAAACUUUAUUCUGAUGCUUCUAGUUAUCGUAGCAUUGUUGGGGCUUUACAGUAUUUGACUUUUACCAGGCUUGAUAUUGCUUUUGUCGUUAACCAGGUAUGUCAGUAUAUGCAUGCUCCCACAGUGAAUCAUUUUCUACGAUAAAGCGUAUUCUUCGUU